AUGUCUGCCCUCAAGAAACCAAACUUAUCCAACUUUGUUACCGUUCCCGAGCUUCUUCGCUUCCAACUCGAACACAACCCAAGCCAGCCUGCUUUUGUGUUCGCUCGUGAAGGAAAAGGCAGGACUCCGACGACUGGUGAAGCCAAGGAUUCUAGCGCUGAAAUAACUAGUCCAGGGAAUGACUCCCUUAACACCGAAAUAACCGAAGUUACCUUCUCUGAAUAUGUACGCGCCGCCCAUCGUGCAGCGCAUCUUAUUCGCCCCAAUCGUUCCGGACCAGACAGAGCUGUAGUUGGUUUAGUCGCUCUCCUGGAUAACCACGUGUAUCAGACGGUAGUGGCGGGAAUCAUGCAAGCUGGGUUGGUGCCUUUGCUGAUAUCCCCACGUCUUCCGCCAGCGGCAGUACUUAACCUCCUCAAACUAUCUGGGGCCCAUCGACUCUUGGUCACUGGAACGACGCUGCGCGAGCUGUUACAAGGCACGAAGGAGCUAGUUUCCUCAAAUUCGGAGCUUCCAUACGAAGUGAUUUUUGAAGAGGCUCCAUCGCUGGGACAGCUUUACGCCGAACAAGGAACGGUGAAAGCAGAGGCCAAUUUGGAAUAUCCUUGGGUAGAAUCUUCGUAUCCUAAACCCGAAGAAACGGCAGUUUAUCUCCACUCCUCGGGAAGCACUGGGCUCCCCAAAGCCAUCCCGUUGUCACAUGGGAUGAUGGUUCAUUCGUUCUCCUCCGUUCUUACUGCCUACUCGACUUACAAGAAUUAUCAAGUCCCCCUCCGUGUUGGCGGAAUGGCCUUACCCCCCUUUCACAUCAUGGCCUUUUUUACACAUUUUGUCCUGCCGCUCUACGCCUCAAUGUGUAUAGCUCUUUUCCCCCCUAAAGUAAUCAAGCCCGAUGCACUACCAAUGCUAGCCACCCCCGAAGACACGAUCAAACACUGUCAACUCACUCACUCGAAUUCAGUGGUGCUGGUACCAAUGUUUUUACAAAUUUAUUCCAAGGAGGAAAAAUAUAUUGAUAUCUUGAAAGGGUUGGAAAACGUGGUAUUCGCAGGUGGCCCAUUGGCUCCUGUGACAGGGGAUUAUCUCGUUGCGUGUGGAGUGCGGCUGAAGCAAGUGUAUGGACUGACUGAGGUGGGGCUUCCUAUCAAGAUGAACUUAGAAUCAGGUUUUGAAGAUUGGGCUUGGCACCAUUUCGAAGAACAAGCAGCCGGAGAUGACCAACCAUACAUCAGAUGGGCUCCGCUGGGGGAUGGGACGUCUGAAUUGCAGAUUUUAACAACCAAGAAAUGGAGACCAGCUGUUGAAAACCUCGAAGAUGUACCCGGUUAUGCAACUUCGGAUAUAUUCACCCCUCACCCGACGAAGCCCGGAUUUUGGGCGAUUGUCGGACGAACAGACGACGUGAUCAUACAUUCAUCUGGGGAAAAGACCACGGCACUUCCAAUUGAACACGUCGUCAUACAAAGUCCUUUGAUUCAAGGCGCGGUAGUAUUCGGAAGACAGCGCGAUCAAGCUGGGAUACUAAUUGAGCCUACGCCCGAUAAUCAGACAGAUGUUGCCAACGAAGCAGCUAUUUCUCAAUUCCGGAAUAAGAUCUGGCCAUUUAUAGAACAAGCGAAUGAGAUAUCCCCAGCUUAUUCCAGAAUCUACAAAGAAAUGAUUCUCAUAACGUCUCCAGAUAAACCUCUUCCGCGAGCUGCGAAAGGAACUGUUAUGAGAAAAGCAGCAUACAACCUUUACCAGAAGGAGAUUAACCAGAUAUACGAAGCAGUAGAAUCCAAUACCGGAAGUGGUUCCGUAGCUCCUCCUUCCACUUGGGAGCUUCAAGAUAUAGGGAAGUGGAUUAUGGUUCAGGUGGUAGAUCUUUGCGGAAAUAGGCUAGAAACGUCUGAUGAUUUGUUUGAGCAUGGGUUUGAUAGCCUCUCCGCUACGGUCCUGCGUCUACGAAUAUCUGGUGCCCUGCGCACCUCUGAAGACCCCUCAAUACGUGGAGCUGCCCAACUGAUAGACCAGGCUACAGUGUACAAGCACCCUACAGUCGAGAGUCUCGCAAAUUUCGUCGUUGGGCUCAUCAAUAAUUCUGGGAAAGAUGCUGAUCCCACCAUUGCAAUCUCGCAAAUGAUCGAAAAAUAUUCUCAAGGAAUGGAUGUCCCAAUCGAAUCCAUAUCUAAUGGCGUUGGCUCUCAUAAUAAAGGCGUUGUUGUCCUGCUUACAGGAUCUACAGGGAAUCUUGGUGCUCAGAUGCUCGCUUCAUUGAUCCCCAACGACGCCGUGGCCCGAGUGUAUACAUUGAACCGGUCGUCGACGCGAAUGUCAAUGUUGGAUCGCCACAAGGAGCGUUUCCAAGAUAAAUCACUUGAUACAAUCCUUCUCUCCUCGGAAAAGUUGAUUUUCCUCGAAGGGGAAGCCUCUCAGUCGGAUUUGGGCCUACAGUAUGAUUUGUAUAGCGAGCUCCUACAAAACGUAACACUCAUCAUACACAAUGCCUGGAGGUUAGAUUUCAACCUAGCCUUAUCGUCCUUCGAACCGCACAUUCGUGGUACUCGGAACCUCAUAAAUUUCGCGCGCGCAUCUACCCAUGCCUCAUCCCUGCGGUUCUUAUUCACCUCCUCGAUUGCGUCUACUCAAUCCUGGAACACAGCAACACAAGGAUCGUAUCCUGAUCACAUCAAUGGUGAUCCUAGGUUUUCGAUUGGGGGUGGGUAUGGAGAGAGUAAAUACGUUACAGAGAGGAUACUGGAAAAGAGUGGCUUACACGUUACUAUCCUUCGAAUUGGGCAAGUUAGUGGCGGCAAGCCAAACGGAGCCUGGGCGAUGAGCGAUUGGUUCCCGAUGAUGGUUAAGUCGAGCUUGGCGCUGGGCCUGUUGCCGGAUGCGCAUGGGGUUGUUUCAUGGGCACCCAUGGAUGCGAUAUCAGACGCGAUUCUAGAUGUGGCUUUCACUUCGGAAGAGGAUAUACCCAUAGUAGUCAAUCUGGUCCACCCGUUCCCCGUAUCUUGGACAUCUGUGAUGGAAGCCAUUCGAAAGGCCUUGAAAGCGGCCAAAAACCUGGAUGACCCUAAAGCGUUACCAUUGGUACCACUGUCUGAAUGGGUCUCAGCCCUAGAAAAGACAGUGAAGAAUAGUAGUUCUCCAGAAAAGACGUCUAUCGAACUGCCUGCAUCGAAAAUCCUUGGAUUUAUCCAAAACAUGUUGCAAGGCGAUAAACUCGUGGCGAAAUAUGACGGAGAUCUUUCGACUGUGGAAGCUGCUGGACUGACCUCUCUUGAUACAUCCAAUGCUCGUCGGAUCAGUCGUAGAAUCAGAGAGUUGGAGCCGAUUGGGCUCUAUGACGCGGAGAUGUGGGUCAGAUAUUGGUUAAAGAAGGGUCUAUGA